AUGAGUGAACAGAGGGUGAGCCCAUCAAAAGAUGACGAGAGGCCCCACGAGAACGGAGACCUCGAGGCAGCCAAACCCACUCUCCCAGUCGAACCAUCCUUCGACGCCGAAGCCCAGAAAGACCCGGAUCUUGUUACCUGGAACGGACCAGGCGACCCUGAAAACCCCAAGAACUGGUUCAAGAGUGUGAAGUGGAAAAAUACGUGGGUUAUCUCCCUUUUCGUUUUCAUAUCCCCAGUCUCCUCAUCCAUGAUUGCCCCUGCUAUGCAAGAUCUGGGCAAGGGUCUGGGGAUGCGUUCCGAUAUUGAAAUAUACUUGUCUAUGGCUAUCUUUAUUCUCGCCUACGCCAUUGGUCCGAUCUUCUUUGGACCAGCUUCGGAGCUGUACGGCCGCGUACGUCUGCUUCAGGUCAGCAACGUAUGCGAUAUGUGGACCGCCGAAGAACGCGGCAAGGCGAUGGGCAUCUACACUCUCGGGCCACUCUUGGGGCCCGUGAUUGGACCUAUUGCAGGAGGCUUCAUUGCAGAAUACUCGACAUGGCGCUGGGUUUUCUGGGCAACCUCCGCUUCGGCCGUUGUCGUACAGAUUAUCGGGCUCAUUGGACUGCGAGAGUGCCACCCGGGCACGCUCCUGCGCAAACGACGUGGCUUUCUGGCCCAGCAAACGGGCAAGACUACGCUGCAUACGGACGAGGGGACCGAGGCGCUUGCUUACAAGCUUCUUCAUGCCUUUCAAAGACCGGUCCGUCUGUUCGUCACGCAGCCAAUCGUCUUCUGCAUGGCCGUCUACAUGGCCUACCUCUUUGGCGUCACGUACCUGAUGCUCGCAACGUUCCCAGAUAUCUGGACCAAAGUCUACCGCGAGAGCCCCAGUAUCGGCGGACUGAACUACCUCUCCAUUGCUAUCGGCUCCUUUGCCGGCCUCUUCUUCAAUCUCAAGCUAGUCGACAAGAUGUACCGGACGCUCAAGGCGCGCAACAACGGCAUCGGCAAGCCCGAGUACCGCAUGCCGUCGCUGGCCGCGGGCUCCGUCAUCAGCACUAUCGGGCUUUUCUGGUACGGCUGGAGCAUCGGGCAUACGCACUGGGUCAUGCCCAACAUCGGCGCGAUGAUAUUCACCGCGGGUACCAUCUCCUGUCUGCAGGGCAUGCAGACGUACAUCGUCGACAGCUACCAGACCUACGCCGCGAGCGCUAUGGCUGCCUGCGCGAUCUUGCGCAGUCUGUGUGGCUUUGCGUUCCCACUUCUCGCCCCGUAUAUGUAUGCCUCUUUGGGCUAUGGAUGGGGUACGAGCGUCCUGGCCUUUAUAACAGUGGCUAUUGGUUGGACGGCACCUGUGGUGUUCUGGUUCUUUGGGCCGAAGCUUCGUGCUCUUUCUAGGUACGCCGCUGGGUAG